AUGCUGCGAGAUGGUCGUCGGCCACCGGACGUGAUUCCUGCGAACCCCACCUCCCCUUUCGAACCUCCCCCCUCAAACGUGCACGUGUGGCAGGCGUACGACCAGCAUCUGAACAUGAUUCUGGGGGAGGUAGAGGAGGUGGUUAUCACUGUUGAGAGAUCAGCGGCAUACGACCAGCAUCUGAACAUGAUUCUGGGGGAGGCGGAGGAGGUGGUGACGACCGUGGAAAUCGACGACGAGACGUACGAGGAGAUUGUCAAGGCGCCUCAAAGGGCGGAAGAGGUGGUGACGACCGUGGAGAUAGAUGACGAGACAUACGAGGAGAUUGUCAAGGUGGGGGGGAAGGGGAGGGUGGAGGAAGGGGGGGGUGGGGACGAGGAGUCGGAAGAUUCUUUUGAAGAUCCUCACAGCAGACGUCCCCUCUCUCUGUGCCCUCUCUCUGUGCCCUCUCUCUGUGCCCUCUCUCAGUCCCCUCUCUCUGUGCCCUCUCUCUGUGCCCUCUCUCUGUGCCCUCUCUCUUCCCCUCUCUCAGUCCCCUCUCUCUGUGCCCUCUCUCUGUGCCCUCUCUCUGUGCCCUCUCUCUGUGCCCUCUCUCUGUGCCCUCUCUCUGUGCCCUCUCUCUGUGCCCUCUCUCAGUCCCCUCUCUCUGUGCCCUCUCUCUGUGCCCUCUCUCAGUCCCCUCUCUCUGUGCCCUCUCUCUGUGCCCUCUCUCUGUGCCCUCUCUCAGUCCCCUCUCUCUGUGCCCUCUCUCUGUGCCCUCUCUCUGUGCCCUCUCUCUGUGCCCUCUCUCUAUGCCCUCUCUCUGUGCCCUCUCUCUGUGCCCUCUCUCUGUGCCCUCUCUCUGUGCCCUCUCUCAGUCCCCUCUCUCUGUCCCCUCUCUCAGUCCCCUCUCUCUGUGCCUGCUCUCUGUGCCCUAACUGCGCCCUCUGUGUGCCCUUUGUGUGCCUCUGCGCUCCUCCUCCUCCUCCUCCUCCUCCUCCUCCUCCUCCUCCUCCUCCUCCUCCUCCUCCUCCUCCUCCUCCUCCUCCUCCUCCUCCUCCUCCUCCUCCUCCUCCUCACUGCUCGUAUCAGCCCUGCACGCUUUCACUCGCACUUCCCGCCCUCACCCUUUUUACCAUCUCCCAUUCCCCUCCCCUUUUUUCCCCUCCCCUUUCUUCCCCAUGCCCUCCUCCCUCUUCCUCUCCCCUCCGUUCCUCCCCCGUUGUCCUCCUUCCCCCAUCAACUCUUCCACGCCCCUUCUUUGAUACCCACCCUCUCGCCUCCUCCUCCUCCCCUUAUUCCCCUCUCCCUUUCCUCCCUCCCCUGUCCUCCCAUCGUCAGCUUCCCCCCAUUUUUUCCUUUCCCGUCCCAACUCCCCUCCCUUGCACCCCUCCUCUUGCCUUCUCAGCUUCCCCCACACCCACCUCCCCCCUCAUUCCUCACCCAAAUGUGGCCCCACCACCCCCAACACCCCCACCACCUUCCACCAACCCUAACUCCCCUCCACCCCCCUCCGCGACUGUAACUCUCUCCUCACUCCCCCCUCCCUUCCUGUCCCCCUUGCCUGCAGACAUCAAGGCGCAACAUCCCGUUCAUCUUUGUGAGAGGCGACGGAGUCAUUCUGGUCUCGCCUCCGCUGCGCACGUAGCAGCAGCAGCUCGAAGGAAACAAGCAGCAGAUAAUGGACUCGAGUUACGUGGGUAG